AUGGUCAACCUAGGAAUAAAAUCUCUUUUGGAGUAUGGUAUUCCAGAUACAGAAACCGGAUUCCUCUCUAGUAUUGUUAGACCACCUGUCACCGCUCAGAGUUUUGAGUUGAAACCCCAAUUCAUACAGUUCAUCUCCAAUGAUUCUUUUGCGGGUUCACCGAAUGAUUGCCCUGUGACUCACAUUGAUAGUUUUUUGGAGAAGUGUGAUACUAUGAAGCUCAAUGGUGUCACUGAUGAUGCUAUUAGACUACGCCUUUUCCCUUUUUCACUACGUGAUAGAGCAAGGGAGUGGUUUAAGCGAUUGCAGAGACAAUGCCCUCAUCAUGGCAUUCUAGAUUGGAUGUUGAUCCAAACGUUCUAUAAUGGUUUGACCCAUGAGUUUCGCAUAUACAUUGAUGCUGCGUCCGGAGGUUCUAUCAUGACUAAGAACCCAACUGAUGCGAAGGAUCUGAUUGAGAGGAUGGCGGCUAAUGACAAUUACCAUCCAAGGGGACGAAAUGCUAUCAACAUAGGUAAUAAACAUGAUGUUGAUGCUCUAACCAUGUUGACUAGUUCUGUGCAGGCACUAACUCAUAAAGUCAAUCAACUCCAAGCUGAGUCCCCUCGACCCUCGAUGGAAACAUGUCAGAUGUGUGGAUUGCAAGGCCAUACUGCGCGAGAGUGUCAACCCAAUUAUGAUGGAAUGACGAUUGAGAAAGCUAAUGCUUUUUAUACCACGACCUCCACAAGGCCAUUUGAUGAAGGGUGGCAAAAUCAUCAAGGUUUCUCAUAUAUGAACAAUCAGGCUCAAGUGACUCCUCCACCACCACCCGUUUUUCAAGCAAGGGAACCUAUUAAUCAUCAAUCCAUGCACCAACCACCACCUCAAUCUUCAAAUCUUGAAUCCAUUAUGGAGACUUUUGCUACCUCCCAAUGUCAACAACAAGAGCUUAUAUCAAAGCCAUUUGAGCUACAAGCAAAGCAAAAUGAAUAUUUUGAAAACUCGAUUCAAUUGCUUGUUGCUCAAAAUAAGAGGAUAGAAAUUCAUCUUUCUCAAAUUUCACAACAAGUGAGUCAUCAAAAAACUCUUCAAGAUCAAGCAAAAGUCCAACCCAAACAAUGCAAUGCAAUUUUCGUGAAGAGAGAUGAAUUGACUACGGGAGGAUUAGAGGAGAAAGUGUGCAAUCUGGAGUCGAAAACAGAAAUGCAUGUGAAUAAAGAUCUCAAAUAUGUUUCCCCACAAGCCUAUGAUGAACUGAUGCCAUUCCCGCAAAGGUUAUCAAAAGCCGUGCUCGAUAAGCAUUUUGGGAAGUAUUCUAAGACUCUUAAGAAGGUUUAUGCUACCAUUCCUUUUUUCGAUCUUGUAAUUCAAAUGCCUCAAUUUGAAAAUUUUGUAAAAGGAAUUCUAGAUCACGAUCAUAAUGAUAAGAAAUUAGAAAGUUUGGUAGUAAAGGAGAAAUGUCUUGAUCUUUUACAUGAUAGCUUACCACCUCAAUUGCAUGAUCCUGUGUAUGACAAAUUAGGUUUCAAAAACCUUAAACCUUCUCCUAUAUCUCUUCAUAUGGCUAAUAGAACUGUUAGACUCCCUAAGGGUGUAGUUGAAGAUGUAUUAGUUGGGAUUGGUGAACUUGUUUUUCCUGUUCACUUUGUUGUAGUGGAUAUGAAAGAACACCAUAAGAUCCCACUUAUCUUUGGUCGCCCUUUUCUUGCUACAAGUCAAGCUUUAAUAGAUGUUCCUCAAGGACAAGUGACCAUUAGAGCUCAGGAUAAGCAAGUUGUGUUUAAGCUUUUCAAUUACCAUAAUUUCACUUUUGAUGGUGGUACUUGUUUGAGAAUUGAUGCUACUAACCCUUUGGUUGAUAAGUGUGUUUCUAAUAGAUAUCUUGUGAGCAAAAAUGACUAUAUUCCACCGCAUGAUGGGUUUAGCUACAUCAAAAUGAGUUCGGAUACAAAUUAUAUCAACUCUAGUUUGAAGGAGGGAUAUACAUGUGAACACAAUUACAGACAAGACUGUAGAGAAUCCUCUCUGCGUGGUGGUGAUCCAGGUUGA